AGAACCCGGCUGCAAGCGCGGGUGCGCGCACGUCGCUGUCAGAGUGACUUCCAGCAGGAAAUACAGACGGCAAAGGGAUGUGUCAAAUCGUCUCAUCAUCCCUAUGAAUCGAACUGUCUGAUCUGAGCAAAGGAUUUAAAUAAGUAAAGGCUGAUUGGCAGAGCCAACAGAUGAACACGAACUGAAGGAGACGUCUGCGUUCGAUGUGUUUUGGCCAUAAACGAUGCGGAACCCACAAGCCAGCUUGUUAGCUAAAGUAGCCAACCACCCUGCUUGUUAGCUAACGGUGCUAGACAGAAAGCUAGUCAGCAAACAAGCUAAUCAUAUUGGUGGGGGAGACGUUUGUUUUUCAACUCAUCUUUUCAACUCAAAACUUACCCCGUUAGCAAGCCUGUGUGGAGAAGAGUUGACAAUAUUAUUUACCUGGGAUCGUCUUACCUUAUUCAACGGAGGAAGUAGUUCCAGAACCGGAGCUGUGGGGGGGCCGCUGACAAGACCCCCCUGGGCGUCCAGGCGGACUGAGCGCGCAGCCACGCGGGACGUGGUGCCAGCAGCCCGGAGGAGUAGCCGGUAUGGCUGACGUCUCGGCCCUCACCCCGUCUCCCCCGGGCGUGGGUGACCCCUCUCUGCCUCCUGCCCCCUCCUCCCCCUGCACCCUGCCAGGCCCGGGCCUGGGACCCGGUGCGGCUCUGGGCCCCUCGGGCUCCCCCAAGCAGGCAGCCCUCAUCCCCAAAUCCACCCUGUACGGGGACCGCUCCUCCAUGGGCACGCCCUCGUCCCCUGUAGCCGGCGGAGGUGGUGGAGGAAGCCCCAUCCCCCCGCCCAAGACGCCAGCAUCACCUGCGGUCCUCAAGCCUGGAGAGGUGUCCGUGGCCAAUAGUGAAGGUACGCACGGAGUUGAGAGUUCGGUGGCUGCUCCGCUGACGGCUGCAGGUGUGGGAGGUGGGAUGGACCCCUGGGUGAUGCAGGAGGCCCAGCAGCAGCAGCAGCAGCAGCAGAAGGAGGAGGAGCUGGCUGCCUCCCCCGAGACUAAUCCCAGCCCUAAUCUGUACCCCAACGUCCACAUCAACCCCUACAGUCCUAAUCCAGCUCCCGUGGCGGUGCAGCCCCCCGCCGUCGAGGCCCCUGGACCAGCAGCCCCCAUCUCCAGCACCUCCAGGCCCCUGGCUCCCUUCCCCUACACGCCCACCAAUGACUCAGAGUCAGCCCCUCAGGCACAGGAUCCAGCCUCUGUGCCAUCAGCAGGGACAGAAGCAGCACAGGCAGCAGCAGCAGCAGCAGCAGCAGUAGCAGUAGAAGCAACACCUCCGCCACCAGUGGCCCCCUCGCAAGCACAACCGCCACAGCCGCCACCGCAAAACACCAAGCCUCCGCUCACACCCACCACCACACCCACCACCAACCCUCUCUCCACGCCAACUGCCGCCGCCCCCAAGCCAACCUCCCCCGCCACCCCGGGGGCGUCCAAGCGGGCGCUGGAGCCCCCGGGCACCCCCGUCCGGACAGACCCCCCGGCCCUCGUGGUGCAGGACUCGGGCCCCAUGCUGCCCUUGCCCCACCAGUCGCGGCCGGCCCCCGACACGCUGAGCUACCUGGAGUCGGCCAGCCUGAUGUCGGGCACGCUGGAGUCCCUGUCGGGGCUGGGCGAGGACGGCAGCUCCGUGGGAUCCGACUCUGAGAUCAAUGGCAUGGUGAUGCGGCGCACCGACAAGUACGGCUUCCUGGGCGGGGCGCAGUACUCUGACGCGGGUGAGAUCGACCUGAGGGUGGAGGUGGCUCGGCAGAGGGAGAUGAAAUGGCUGGACAUGUUCAACCACUGGGACAAGUGGAUCACCCGACGCUUCCAGAAGGUGAAGCUGCGCUGUAGGAAAGGCAUCCCCUCCUCUCUCAGAUCUAAGGCCUGGCAGCUGCUCUCCAACAGCAAAGAGCUUCUGGACGCAAAUCCUGGAAAAUUUGAGGAGUUGGAGAGGGAGCAGGGAGACCCCAAGUGGCUGGACAUCAUUGAGAAAGAUCUGCAUCGCCAGUUCCCCUUCCACGAGAUGUUCGCCGCACGAGGAGGACAUGGUCAGCAGGACCUGUACCGCAUCUUGAAGGCGUACACGGUGUACCGGCCGGACGAGGGCUACUGCCAGGCUCAGGCCCCAGUGGCCGCCGUGCUGCUCAUGCACAUGCCUGCGGAGCAAGCCUUCUGGUGCCUGGUGCAGAUCUGUGAGAGGUACCUGCCAGGAUACUACAGUGCGGGGCUGGAAGCUAUCCAGUUGGACGGUGAGAUCUUCUUCUCGUUGCUGCGCCGCGUGUGUCCCAUGGCCUACCGCCACCUGAAGAGGUUCAAGAUCGACCCCAUCCUCUACAUGACCGAGUGGUUCAUGUGCAUCUUCUCCCGCACGCUGCCCUGGGCCUGUGUGCUGCGCGUCUGGGACAUGUUCUUCUGCGAGGGCGUGAAGGUGGUGUUCCGCGUGGGGCUGGUUCUCCUGAAACAGAUGCUGGGAUCGGUGGACAAGCUACGGGAGCUGCAGGGCAUGUACGAGACCAUGGAGAAGCUCCGCAACAUCCCGCCAGAGUCCAUACACGAACAUGUGCUCAUACAAGAGAUCAUCUCCCUGCCGGUGACCGAGGCGCUGAUCGAGCGCGAGUGCACCGUCCAGGUGCGCAAGUGGCGCGAGUCCCGCGGCGAGCUGAGCCACCAGCCGGGCCGGCGCCUGCACGGCACGCGUGCCAUCUACGAGCAGAAGCGCCGCGCCGCCUCCAUGAGCUCCGGCGGCAGCCUCUCCUUCCUGGGCACCUCCAUACCGCCGCCGGGCCCCCUGCGCGCCUCCUCCAGCCUCCUCUCCCUGCCCGGCUUCCGCAAGUCCAAGACGCCCUUCCACCUCUCCAAGAAGACCUCGCUGUCGGGCCCCUCGGGCGUGGAGGCCAUGCAGCUGCAAGAGUUCUCCUCAGGGGGAGGUGGGGGUGGAGGUGGAGGUGGAGGUGGGGGAUUUAAGGCGCCACAUAAGCCCAGUCCUCUGGUGGGUAACUCGGCCCCUUCGUCGCCCGCUCCCCAGGCCCAGGCCCAGCCCCAGGCCCAGGGUCAGUCUCCGGGUCAGGAGCACCCUAUCCUGGCCACCCGGCCACCGUCAGGCCACAACCAGAACCAGAACCAGGGCACGCCGUCGCACACGUUGGCCCCCUCGCCUAAAGUGACGGCGGAGCAGGUCACCCCGACGCUGCCCUCGCCCACCGCCAACAACGCCCCUCUGCCACCCUGCAGCGAGCCAGCAGCCAAGCCAGCCGCGGCAGGAGGUGAAGAGAAGGCCGCAGCAGCAGCCGCAGGAGGAGGAGGUGGAGGAGGUGGAGGAGGAGGAGGAGAGGAGGACGGUAAGAAGAAGAAGAAGAGCAAGGACGACAAGAAGAGAGAGAAGGAGGAGGAGAAGCAGCGGGCGAAGGAGAAGAAGGAGAGAGAAAAGGCGGAGAAGGAAAAGCAGAAGAGGGAGAAGGACAGAGCCGAGAGGGAGAGGAAGAAAGGAGGGAAGAAGAAGGAGAAAGGAGGAGGAGGUGGAACAGGAACAGCAGCGGCAGAGGAGAAGAAUGGAGCAGCGGCAGCACAGGAUUUGGCCUAACGUCCUCCCCUCUAUCCUCCUCCCUCCUCCUCCUCCUCCUCCUCGAACCCUUUACCACUGUAUCCCUAACUCAACCUCCACCCCCCAUCCUCUAACCUGAUAGCCUACGGCAGUCUCUCUCAGCCUUGGAGAAGAGGAGAAGAAAGGAAUGUGGGAGAGGAAACGAGGACAAGGGAACAAAAGAACUAUAGAAGGGUGAAGGAAUGAAAGAAUGAAAGACAGAAACGUGGCCAGGCUGCUGCUGUUAUGGUUGUAAAACAUUUCUCAUCUCAUCGAGGGCAUCCAUCUCCUUUUCAAACUAGACUACGGGUCUUUCUCAAAGCCUAGGCCAGUGUCCUUCCAAGUGUAUGAGCCUAAUUAGUCACGCCCAGUGAUUGGAUACUUUUUGGUGAACUCUACAGAAUAUCCAAUCACUGGGUGUGACUAAUAAAGGGUAUCCAAUCACUGGGCUUGACUAAUUAGGCUGAUACACUUGGAAGGACACUGGCCUAGGCUUUGAGAAAGACCCAAUAUUAACAGGGCAACCCCACAUUUACUCCCUCCCCACCCCUCCCCUUUAAAAAACCUCCCUUGUCCCUAGUCCCCUGUCCCAUCCCCCUACCCUCGUCUCAUAUAUACCCACCCGGGUGACCCACUGUGAACCCGGUUUCACCACAAACCCCUCUCUCACCACAUCAUGGAAACGAAACGAAAUACGUUUUUUUUUCUGUUUGCUCUCAUGGUCCUACAUAACAAAGCAAAACAAAAUUCCAAUUUGUUUAUGGGAGUGGUUCAAUAUAUGUGAAUGAUGUUUUUAACGAUCAUUUCUUCGCCAUGUUGGUGGUGUGGUCUAUGAAGAACUAUCGAUGAAGGACUGACUGGACUGUGCAUUGCCUGUGCACCCUGGGGGACAAUGAAGUGAACAGACUCUGCCAUGCGUCUUGAAUCUGAGAGCAGUUGGUUUACACGAGUGGUGUGUGCCAUAGGCGUGUAUAUAUCCCCUUGGACUUGAUGUGCAGUAGGGCUGUCUGGGUCAUGUAGAGGAUGCGGUCGAUCUUGAACAUCGUCUUCAGGAGUCGGUAGACCAUGGGACAAACGCGAAGCAGCAACGAGAAAAUCUCACCGUCCAACCGAAUCCGUUAGUAGAGAGAAGGGUGAAGGACUGAAAGAACGAACGAACGAACUAAACGUGGCACACUGCUAUCGUUGUGGUUGUAAAGCAUUUCUCAUCUCAUCAAGAGCAUCCAUCUCCUUUUCAAACCCGGCUAACAGGGCCACCCCUGAUGAUAUGCCCCACAUAUACUCCCCACCCCUUCAAAAAACCUCCCUAGUCCCCUGUCCCAUCCCCCUACCCCCCUCAUAUAUACCCACCCGGGUGAUCCACUGUGAACCUGGUUUCCCCACAAACCCCUCUCUCACCACAUCAUGGAAACAAAAUACGUUUUUUUCCGUUUGCUCUCAUGGUCCUACAAAAAAAUAAUAAUCCCAUUUUGUUUAUGGGAGUGGUUCCGUAUACGUGGAUGUUGUUUUUAAUGAUCAUUUCUAUUAUUCGCCAUGUUGGUGGUGUGGUCUAUGAAGGACUAUCGAUGAAGGACUGACUGGACUGUGCAUUGCCUGUGCACCCUGGGGGACAAUGAAGUGAACAGACUCUGCCAUGCGUCUUGAAUCUUGAAUCUGAGGGCAGAUGGUUUACAUGAGUGCUGUGUGCCAUAGGCAUAUAUGUAUAUACCAUUGGACGUCAUGCGGUGAUGGAGGACCUCAUUGACCAGUAGCUCAAUGGAGGACAUCCAGCCAAAUUGCUUGCUUUAAAAAAUAAAUAAAAAAAAACAUAGGAAGAUGAUAAACACAAACAACUGGUGAUGAACUUACCUAAUCUGUGGUUAAAAAAACAAACUAGCAACCAACCCCCUCCUUAAAAAUGUAAUUCUGGGUGGACUGUUGGGUUGAGAGAUGUAUUUAUUCUGUAACUGUACUUCUGACGUCAUUGUGUGUAUGUGUGCGUGUGCCUUCAUAGGUCUUUAGUAGUGUAAUCAGGUCUUGUCCAACUAGUCAAAGUGUAUCCUGCCCUCUCCUCCCCACCCCUCCUCUGCCCUCUCCUCUCCAUCCCUCCUCUGCCCUCUCCUCUCCUUCCCUCUCCUCUCCUCCCCUCUCUUCUCUCCCGUCCUCCCCCUCCUUGUCAUCCCUCACUCCUUCUUAUUGGUUAGCUCUGAUUACCCUGGAUCUGAGGAAAUUGAGAAGAGGAGAAGUGAAAUACAAGGGAUGUGUGGUGCGAUGCAUGGUGUUGUUUCUGUCGACUCCGUAAAAUGGUAGCUGUCUUAAGUGUUGUCCUGACAAACCAACAAAAAAACACUUAGGGAAAGUAGUCUGUUAACAUUAUUUUUAUCAUAUGUUUAAUUUAUUUUUUUAACCUAUCUAUUUUGUUGAAACCCUCCGCUUUGGCUCAAACCCAUGCUGACUGUCUCUGUCUGCAUUUACAGAUUCAUGGUAAAGUUUGUUGUUUGUGAAGAGCAGGGGUGGGCAUCUCUGGUUCAGGAAGUUUAAAAACCCUGCUGCCACGUACAACGUUUGCUUCAGCCAAUUUGAUAAACCUGAUGUACCUAAUGUACCACCCUCCUUCAGCCAGGUAGAUGAGCCAGUUAAUUAAGUGAGACUGGCAGAAGGACUAUUAUCUGGCUGGACUGGUACACGUUUCACAGUCCAGUUUGUCUGUCCCUGGUUUAGAGGGGAUCUGGAGGGUCUGGGGAAGGGGGCAGGGACUGCAUUUCCUCCCCACCUCAUUCAAGGAGGUAUCUCUCAUCUCCUGCACCACCCCCACCCCCCUUGACACUGCUCACUGCUUUUGUGUUUGACCAAUGAGCAAGCACCGCCGACACAAUGGGGGGCGCAAUUUCAUUGGCCAUCGAUGUGCAUGUGUACUGUGUCUGUGCAUUUCAGUACAUCGUGGCCCCAAUCUGUACUGUACUGUAAUACCAUCAUAAACCCCCUUCUUUAUCAUCAUCAUUAUCAUCAUCUUCAUUUUCAUGAAGAGCUUUGCUUUUGAACUGGAAGUAAUAGUCAGGUCUCCUGAAGGCAGAACUGGUUGGUGUGUAUGUGUGUGUGCAUGUUCUUUUUUUUCUUUUUUCUUUUUUUAAGGAAUGUAUGCAUUUGUUCCUAUUUGGAGACACUCCCACUGGCCUAUCAGGUGACCAUAGAUGGCGGUAAAACAUUGAUAUUUUCUUCUCGUGGCUAGAAUGGGAAACGCCAACGUGCUGAGAGAUUAGUUGUCCUCCCCUGGCUGAGCUUGUGCCGAGAAGCGUUAUUGAGAAGGACGCCUUCUGACUUUUUUCCUUUUUUGUAAAUAAUUACCGCUUAUUUAUAUGGGUGAAGGUUCAUCGUGCUUUUUGGUGUGGCUCGGAAGCUUAUCAGAACCAUUUGACAGUGUUUCAGAUUAUGAAGGAUUAGGUUAGUUUUUUUUGUUGUUUUGAUUUAUUUUGUUGCACUGAAACCCUAUGAUCAAUAUUGUUGGUAUUAUGAAGAUUUCUAAUCAGCUGAAAGCCCCGUCACUGACUAACAACUUUGUGUAGCUACAUGUACAGUAGAUUUAUUCAGCUGAAACCAGACGAGUCCUGAAGCCAAAGGGCCUAAGAACCCUGCUGUGGUGUAAGGCUUGGCGGCAGCGUCUGUAGCAUUAACUGCCUUCUAACCUUUUGGGUUUGUAAUGUACCACUGUAUAAAACAAUGUGUUAAUUUAAUCAGAUCUGCUCUCUAUAUAUAUUGUAUAAUGUCCCUUACCCUUAGGCUUGCUUUGUUUUUUUGUUUUUAAAUUAUUUUUGUAUGCCAGCAAAAUGGAGGCCUGCUUGACUGGAAAAAAAACUGUAACAUUGUUAUCUGUUUGUCUGUUAUCUUUUACUUAUUUAAUGUUUUUUUAAGGAAGAAAAAUAUAUCCAUUUCGUUUGUUUGCACAUCCAUACCCCCAUCAUUUGGAAGAAGAACAAAAUGUUCUUUUUACGGAGAGAAAUCAUGACUUCUCGGUUUUCACGACAGACAGACAGACAGUAUUCUAGAACUAAUACGUGCACUGGGACUGCAAUGUACUGUGGUGUUUCUCUUACGUGCUGUGGUGAAGUGCAUCUGUUUUUGUUCAUAAUGUGUCCCAGGGGAGUAUCCCAAGCACAUGGUUAAGUGAUAAACCUGGCUAAGGUAACCUACCGUAAGUGAGUGGUAAACCAACUAAUAGAUAUCUCACAGGUGUCGUUUAGUUAAGAAAAUGAGGAAUCCUCUCUUCAGGCUCUUCUAUUAUGUGAUUUACCUCAAGGUUAGCUUAACCUGCUUUACUGCUCAUCCAGGUUCUUGGAAUACCUCACAGGCAGUGUGUUGAGACUGGCCUGAUCAAUAGAUAACAACCGAUCAGAAUAGAGUGUGCAUGAAGUCAUGGUGCAAUGCCAAACCACUAGGAAUGGAACACUUGUGGUGUGAUGGCCAUAGGAACUCAUAGAAAUUGAGCACACUUUUUUUUGACUGGAGUACAAUAUCCUCACUCCUGUCUUGGUAGAAUUGGUAGAACCAGGCAUCACUGGUAUUGUUGUUGAGACAAAGCCACUUAGACUUCAUCGUCUCUCUUAACUUAAGUGUUAUUCUCUCUCUCUCUCUCUCUCUCUCUCUCUCUCUCUCUCUCUCUCUCUCUCUCUCUCGCUUGCUCGCUCGCUCAUGCUCUCUCUCUCUCACACACACACACCUGUGCUUACCCCCUCCCAUAGCCUAUGCUGGUUUGGCUCAGUGGGUGAACUCUAGUGUAGAACCUUGACACUCCUAUACUCCUUUUGAUUCUGCCAGCUGUGUGCAUGCGUAUAGCUGUGUGCCAUGCCGGAGAAAUGAGGAGAAUUAGAGGUGAGCUCUGUCUCCUCUGUCUCCCUCCUUGUUUCAGGCUUUCUGUCUGGGGACUCCUGUGUUGAGGUGUGAUUGUCAUUUGUUUUGUCUCGGUACCCUAUUUAUUAAUUUCCUUCUUAGGUUUUUUUUUUUUUUUGCCAUGACAUGACUGCUUAUUGUCAAAGAGUGUUUUUGACGUUGCUGAAGUCCAGUGUUGGAUGCUGUGGAUGAUGCCUGCCUCGUCAGCAGCCCAUUAACUGCUAUUGAUGUUCACCAAAUGAACAAAACAAAACAUAAGAAGGUGUCUAUGCAAUCCUUCCCCAACCCCCGACCUCCGGCAACCCCACACCACUCCACCCACUCGGUACCCCUUAUACACAGCCCUCCCGGUACCUAGGGAUGAGCAGUGGGAUGCUGAAGGAUCUUGCAUGUACCGCCUGGUCAUCUGUGGUGCUUUGGCCCUUGGAGAGCUAUAGGACUUGGCCUUAGAGGAGAGGCAACAGGACUUGGUCUGAAAUGAAUCAUUUAUGCUCUUGACAACUGCUGAACUGUGAAGGAUCCUACAAGGCUCUAGAUACCCUCUGUCAGAUACCUCCCUCUGGGCAAAUUGUCAAAAAUGCAAAGAGGAAAAGCUCCAGUACAAUGGGGAAGAAAAUACGGACUUGACUGGACUGGACUGCAAUUUCUUUCGGUUGUUGGAGAGUUGGAAUUCUACAUCAAAUGUCACAGACAGUGUCACAAACUUUAUCACACACACGCACUCGCAGACAAAACAGUGUGGUCUCGUGCCAGGCAGGAAACGCAUCACCUCUUAUGCACAUCUGGCACGGGGGGAGUCGAGCGUCUUUUUUUUACAUUUACAGCAUGGCCAUUUCAUUUGAUUUCUGCCAGUUUGCCAUUUCAAUGUUUUGUAUUUAUUUUCCUUUUUUUUCUUAAAAAAAGGAGAGAUCAUGUGGCAUGUCUUCCCCCACCAGCCUCGCAUAUAUCGUAUGUGCGUUUGUCCUUUGUCUGUUUUUUUUUAGUUUACAUCCAGUGCAUCAAUGUCAGAAAAUGAAGAAAAGGAAAAAAUGUAGAUUUAAGAAUCAUUCCUUAACAACUGAGGUGAAUCUACACAUGACCUAUUUAAUGAAUUAUUAUGAUAAUGGAGAACAGUUGUGAUGAUGAAAUAACAAUAAUAAUAAACCAUAAUUAUAUUAAACUGAUGCAAGCGUUA